GUCUCUGGCUGUGGGUGAGGAUUCAGAAUGGGAGACAAGCCUAUCUGGGAGCAGAUUGGGUCCAGCUUCGUACAACAUUACUAUCAGCUUUUUGAUGCAGACAGGACUCAGUUAGGAGCAAUAUAUAUUGAUGCAUCAUGCCUUACAUGGGAAGGACAGCAGUUCCAGGGCAAAGCAGCCAUUGUUGAAAAACUCACUAGUCUCCCUUUCCAAAAAAUACAACACAGCAUCACAGCACAAGACCACCAGCCAACACCUGACAGCUGUAUACUCAGUAUGGUAGUGGGACAGCUUAAGGCUGAUGAAGAUCCUAUCAUGGGAUUCCACCAGAUAUUUCUAUUAAAGAACAUCAACGAUGCCUGGGUUUGCACCAAUGACAUGUUCAGGCUAGCACUGCACAACUUUGGCUGAGCUGCUCCUCCCGAGGCACCCAGGCUAUUUUUUUUUUUGUUUGUUUUAUUUUCCUCCUCUCUUAACUGGUAUUAUUCACACUCACGGAACAUUCCAAAUAUCAUACACAAACCUGCAGCACUGCAGAGCGUGAGCAAGCAAGACUUGUGACCUGCCCUUCUGCUGAGUUUACAUUGUCACUAGAUGAGUUUCUUGUGCAUGAUGUUUGGAAGUUAGACUUAGCUGCAUUUGAUAAGAGAAAUUUGUGUUGUACCAGCAUGCCUCGGAGAGAAUUUAUAAUGCAAAAGGUUGUUGUCUAUGUACUGACAAGAUGCUCUAUAACCCAAAGAAAUGAAAGAACAGCAGCCUGUACAGCCCAGUUAUUGAUUUGUUCAGAUGUUUCAAUGCUACGUUACACAAUAAAACAGAGAUUUUCUUAACAGUU